UUUCUAUUUUUCAAAAAUCUGAUCGUAGCAUUUCUGAGAAUGACCUUAAGGACUACAAUUGCUUCAUGUGAAACUCAGGAUUUGCUGUAUCUUAUUGUGUAGAUGCUGAGGUACAUUAGCUAUUUCAGGGGUUAAAAACUGUAGUCACUGAUAUGCAUAUAUUAGGCUGUAUUCAUAAAACUCAGUGUGCUGUUUGACUCAACCUCUUACAGUCUAACAACAGUGACCAAUAAAAAGAGCAGAAGAGAAUCCAAGAAAGAUGAGGCAAACUAUGAAUAUAAAACUUUGUUCCUGCCUUUUGGUAGUCUUCCUGACCACAAUUGUGCUGACUCGAAAUAUCAGACCAAUGUAUGAUCAGACCUCUUCAUAUGAUUGGUCAUUCUACAGCUUUGAGUGUCCACAAGAUUUUUUCUGUCCACCUGGUUUCCCAAAUGCUUUAUAUGGUGAUAGCAGGGGGCUUAAAGAAAUACCCAUCAUCCCAGCAAGAAUUUGGUAUCUUUAUCUCCAAAACAAUCUCAUUGAAAUGAUUAAAGGGAAAUCCUUCACAAAUGCCACUCAACUAAAAUGGAUAAAUUUGAACAUCAACAAAAUCACUAGUAGUGGAAUUGAGAAGGGUGUAUUUGCCAGCCUGAAGAGUCUUCUUUACUUGUUUCUUGAAGAUAAUGAGUUAGAAGAGGUGCCUUCUCCACUGCCUGCAAGUUUGGAGCAGUUACGUUUGUCACGAAACAAAAUCGCCACAAUCCCAGGAGAAGUCUUCAGCAAUUUGGAAAACCUCACUUUGUUAGAUCUGCAUCACAACAAACUCUUGGACAUGACUCUGUCAGAUUCCACCUUUCAAGGACUAAGCAACCUGAUACAACUCAACAUUGCUCAAAACUCACUCACUAAAAUGCCACCAACCCUUCCAGCUAAUGUAAUGCAGCUGUUUUUGGAUAAUAACUCUAUUGAAGCAAUACCAGAGAACUACUUUAAUGCAAUGCUCAAACUGCUUUUUCUUCGACUGAAUAACAAUAAAUUAACUGAUGAAGGUCUACCAGCUAAAGUCUUUAAUAUUUCAUCUCUACUUGACCUACAGCUAUCUUACAAUGAACUCACUAAAGUCCCAGCUAUUGGUAUUCACCUUGAGCAUCUUCAUCUUGAUAACAACAGAAUCAACAGUAUUAAUGGUACUCAAAUAUGUCCAAUUCCUAUUCCUGGAGAUUAUGUCUAUGAUAUCGAUCUGCCACGCCUCCGCUAUCUCCGCUUGGAUGGCAAUGAAAUUAAACCUCCUAUUCCAUUUGAUGUCAUCCUAUGUUUCCGUCUCCUUCAGGCCAUUAUUAUUUAGAGAUGGUAGUGUCAACGUUAUUUUGCCACAAUUUAAUGAGCAAGUUUUGCUGGCAUAAAACUUGUUAGAGUUUCCUUAUGUCAUUUUGGAUUUUCAUUUGAUCUUCAUUUCCAUGAAAUUAUUUCCUUGAAAAGCCCCUUUCCCUUUUAGUUGUACUGUUUACUGUUCUUCCUUGACAAGAUCUACCAGUUGCAGCCAAUAAGCUCCUUUUUUGGUUCUAUAAAUGUAGUUUUAUUACAAUGAUCCUUUUGCCACAUAAAUGUAUUUUAUGAUUAUUGGUCUCCUCACAGCACCAGUACCAACCAAAGUUUUGUUGUCAUUGUAUAAUCUACAGUUUGACUUGUAUAUUCAGGAAUAAUGCAUUCAAAAUAUAUAAACAAAUGCAGAAUUUAUAAAUGUUUGUUUUGCUUUGCCCUUCCUUCCCUAAAAUAAAUAAUUAAAUAAACAUUGUUAUACGAUGCAUA